AGGACCCUGGCUACGUUCCUGACUUUCAUCCGCACAGCGAGAGUAAACAUGUCAUAGUUGAAGAAUAUAAGGAACGGUCCUCAUUGUCCCUGCUUCACUGAAAGUCUGAAUAUUUUAUUAAACAGUGUGAAAACGAGAGACACAUUUAUCGUCCACAGCUUUAAAGUUGAAGCAGAGUGUGCAGUGCGCAGGACGUCGGCGCAGCCUGUUGCUGUUGGCAACCGGAUCUCUGGAACACCCCGGCGUCGCACCCGCACUCACGUGACACGGAAAAACAAAUGCGCGGCACUUGGUUACGGAAACGGUCCCUUCGCGUCGAUUAAAGAUGUUAAUGUUGUGGGACAGUACCGUUGCUUUUACUUCAUAAUAAAUGCCGAGGUACAUCAGGUGUGUAACGCAUGGACGUGACGUGGUUUAGACGAAUGCAGGGUAUGGGUAACCCUAGAAAGCCAGACGCAGGGCGACACAAACCGAAUGAAGCAAAACAAGUCCGCAAAGUUCACACCAGAAAGGUUCCUUACAGGGUCGGAUACAACUGGAACAGAGGCGGGAGACUCAAGGAGCUCAGAAUAAGGCACUUAGCCAGAAAGUUCCUGCACAUAUGGAUGCAGAAAACCUUUGGUCGACUCCUUCCUCAUGAAGCCAGGUCUCACCAUGGCCGCGUGGUGCUACGACGAGCCCUUGAAGGAUGGAGAGACGAGUGGUGGACGUGCAGGAGGGAGUGGAGUCUCUUAACGCGAGCAGAGUGUCACUACAGGUAUUAUCUGUGUAACUUGGCGUUCCAUAGCUGGCGUACGUUUAUGUCAUUGCAGAGGGAAAAGAAGAGCAAAGUAAAAGAUGCUCAAUCAUAUGCUGACAGGCGACGGAUGCGUCUGGUUUGUGACAGGUGGAAGGUUUUCACAGAGAUGAGACGAAUGAAGAAGAGAAUGGUUGAAUCAGCUUUUGAGCAAAACAGACUCGCAGCUCUGUAUUCUGCGUGGAGUUUAUGGCAGACUAAGCUGCAGCACCAUCAAGACCUUCACACAUUGGAGGAACAAGCCCUCAAACAGCGGGCACUGGCUUCACAGAGGACGGCUUGGCUUCAGUGGAAAAAAAUGCACACGGAUUUCCGUUGCCAGAAAGAGAAAGAAUCCAAGGCCUCACUUCACUUCGUCCUCAGACUGAAAAGAAAAACACUGGAACAGUGGAUGAGUUAUGUACCCUGCUGCCAAACCAAAAGAAAGUCACAAGCUGCAGCGCAGCGUGCUUGUUAUCUCCGCCUGGUGAGGAUCUGUUGGAGUAAUUGGAGGAAUGCGUUGCAUCGCAGGUGGAUUGAGGAGGAGCGUUUGCAAGCUGCAGGGCAGUUAGCCAUACAGAUGACACAACGCAGAGCACUGGAGCGAUGGAGAGCUUAUGUGACACUGUGCAAAGAAGGAACUGAAAUAAACCAGAUGGCGAGUCAACACCAUCAACAUCAUCUGCUGAGCGCUGGAUUGCAGGGACUUUCUCUGAACGUCACCUGGAACAAAACACAUUGCUUGAACAACAACAUGGCUCAUCAACAUUACUAUCAAACUAUAAUAAGGAAGUUUUGGAAGCUGUGGCAGGACCGUGUGGAGGAGGCUGAAGACAAGAGUUUUCAACCACUAACAGAAAUGGCACAGACGAAUUACAGCAUGUCCCUUUUGAGCAGCUGUUUUCACGACUGGAGGGAGAAACUUGCUGAGCAGAGACACAUGCAGGAUUUGGAGCAUCGAGCCGAUGUUUGGUUUGCAGAGCGCCUGCUGCCUCAGUGUUUCAACUCGUGGGUUGAGUUCACUCUUCAGAGGAGACUUCACAAACAGAGGAGACACAGGGCAGAAGUUUUUAAUCAGCAGCGCCAGUUCACUUGGGUGUUUUACACCUGGUGGGGACGGUCAGAGAAGCACAAGGAGCAGAUGCUUUCUGAGCGCAUGGCGAUUCUUCAUGAGGAGCGAUGCCACCUGCAGAGAGCCUUUGCUUGCUGGAGGCAAAGGACAGAACAGCGGAUCAACGAGGAGGAGAAACGGAAAGCUUCCGACCAUCUGUACCUGCACCGACUCCUCCACAAGACAGUGACACAGUGGAAGGACAACAGCUCUGAGAUUCGACACAGGAGAAACCGAGAGCAUCAGGCCUGUUAUCAGGGAGACCUGCACCACAUGAAAUGGGCUCUGGAAAAAUGGAAAAAGUUUGUUCAGGGCCAGAGGAUGAAAAAAGGCAAACUGGAGAAGAUGCAGCGUUACCAUGAAACUAAACUUCUCAAACACUCCUUUGUGGGCUGGAAGACACGCCACCUACAAAUGUCUCACCUGUACAGUCAUGCAGAGGAACUUCACAGACGGCAGACCCAGCACUUUCUCAGAAUGGUUCUGUUGGUGUGGAGGGAGAACGCGGUGCAGAGGGCGGAGGGCCGGCUCGAGGGGCAGCGAGCGCAGAAUCACUUUCACCACUUUCUUCAGUCGAAGGUGUUUCUUGUGUGGAGUGAAGCAACGACACGUGCAGUGUCUAAGCGCCACCAGCAGAGGGAAGGAGUCAGCAGGGUCCAGAGGUCCAUUAACCAAGUGUGUCUGCUGCGGUCGUUCACACAGUGGAGGAAACGAACCAGAGACGCUCGCAGGGAGAGGAUGUGUAUGGAAAAAGCCAGACGGCAUCAUAACUCCAAACUCCUCUCACAAGCGCUGAAAGAGUGGAAGAAGUAUCACGAACAAAACCGGAAAAAUAAGGUGAUGAAACGACAAGGAAUCUUGUUGCUGAAAUUAAAGAUGUACCAGAUGUACUUUGAACAGUGGGAAAUCAAGCUGCAGCACAGACGGAGAGAUGUUAAGCAGACGGAGAAGGCGCUCUGGCACUGGUCUCUCACUCUUCAGGCCAAGGUGCUGUAUGGAUGGAGGCUGUGGGUCACUGAGCAGCGGCGGAAGCAGGAGCAGGCAGCCGUAGCUGCACGGGUCUACAGAGACCAGCUGCUGAGGGAGGGCGUGACACGCAUCCUCACAUAUGCUGCUCACAUGAAUGAUCUCACUACGAGCCUCACACAAUACAGCCAAGAGCAGAGAUCACAUCAUCUCCAGAGAGUGGUUAAACGUUGUGCAGUGCGGUGGAGGCAGCGGGCACUGGGUAAACCACGAAAAGAACAAGCGGUAAAAGAGCAACCCCAGAAAAAGAGUGUGACCUUCUGUUUGACUACACACGGACAAAAGAACGUUUCUUCGUUUGACUCGGUGGAGCAGGAAGCUGAAGAGCUCAGCGCUUUGCUUCCCAUCCAUACGCUUCGACGGCCACCACGUCGCUGUGAACAACAGUUUCAGUCUCCAGUCACAGUCCUGCCACAUAAAGGCACCCAAAACCAGUCAGGCAACACCGACACUGAAGUCGCCCCAAGACCCUUCAGUUGUACUUCACAGGUGUCGCCUCGUCUCCUUCUUGCUGGAGUCCUUGUUACUUCCACACACCCAAGCACCAUCACAUCGACUGUGUCACCCUCUGAACUUCGGGCAUCUGUUGUUGACUCCUCUCAAGAAAUCCAAAACCAAGAUGUUCUUUUGCCUCCUUCUGCUUUCAUGCACAUUGGGUCUCAUAAUAUGUUAGGAAAGACCAGCAGCCCAGGAUCUGAAGACGCCGCCCUUGUGUCUUUUCAUCAGUUUGUUUCUCCCUUGAAACAUAAUUCCAGGUAUCCAGAUAUUAGAGCAUCUAGUGACGAAGCUGAGAGUCUCCCUGUGGAAGAUGUAGGAACUGAUGCAGCAUCAGUGCUGAUAGAAGAAAUGCUCAGCAUUCAGCUGGACAUGAAGAGCUUUCAACAGGACAGGAAACAGCUCCGGUCAUGGCAAAAACUGAAAGAGGUUUUACAAAGUUGGCUGCAGACAAGUGGAGAGGAUGAGCAAAUGGAAAAACCUUCUGUUUGUCAGGAGCUUAAGGAGCUGGACGAGCGAGUUGACCGACUCUCCAACAAACUGGAAAAAAGGAAGCCCAAAAUGCUGCUGCACGCAGAGAGGAUCCAACAUUUACAGACUGUCCUCCACACGUCAGGAGUAUAUUCUCUCCAUCAAAAGACAAAAGAGAUGGAAACCGGUUUGGAAACUAAGUUUACAACGUGACAGGAAACCGUCCCUGGCCCUCUCACACUCUCUCCGAGUGAUGACACCUGCUAAAUGUUUGGACUGCUGUUCAUCUGCCACAUUCACAUUUCUUAAAGUAACGUGAGACUGUGACAAAGACUGACUUGAGAAAUGAAUGAGAACAAUUUUAACACAUAUUUAGCUUCAAGCUCGCUUGUUGUUGUUUUUUUACACUGAACUUUAAUACCAUUGCUGAACUCUGCUUCAUUAAAAACAUGAGCUCUUAA